AUGGCCACCAAGGGAUUAACCGUUGCCACAGAAGAACAGAUCCGUGUUCCUGAGACCCUUUUGAAAAAAAGGAAAGAUCAGGAAAAAAUUGCAAUUGAAAAAGCGACAGCUCUUGCAGAAAAGCGCAAGAAAGCUAAGGAAAACCGCCGUAAAAUUUUCAAGCGAGCAGAAGCUUACGUUAAAGAAUAUCGUGCUGCAGAAAGUCAAGAACUUCGUUUGCGUCGUCAAGCAAAGGCAUCUGGUAAUUUUUAUGUUCCUUCCGAACCAAAAUUAGCAUUUGUUAUUCGAAUCAAAGGUAUCAACAAAAUUCCACCCAAACCACGCAAAAUCCUUCAGCUUUUGCGUCUUCUCCAAAUCAAUAAUGGUGUAUUUGUUCGAUUGACCAAGACGACGAAAGAAAUGCUUCGAUUGGUUACUCCUUAUAUUUCAUAUGGAGAACCUAAUUUGAAGUCGGUUCGUGAACUUAUUUACAAACGUGGAUAUGCAAAAGUAGAUAAGCAACGUGUUCCGAUAACUGACAAUUCUAUCAUCGAACAAAAUUUGGGAAAAUUUGGUAUCAUAUGUAUUGAAGAUUUAGUUCACGAGAUUUACACGGUUGGUCCAAAUCUAUCCAAUCCUAAUGGUGGCUGGUCUACCAGGAAAUUUAAGCAUUACGUUGAAGGUGGUGAUUAUGGUGAUCAUCGAAAUCUUGAAUUGCAGAUUAUUAUGGAAAUCGUUGAAAAAAAACCAAUUCAACUAUAUAGCGGAAAAUAUUAUCUUACUUGCGCUUAUGGAGGUAUAUUGGCUUGUGGGAUAACUCACACGUUCGUUACACCUCUUGACCUUGUAAAAUGUCGUAGACAGGUUAAUCCUAAUAUUUAUAAAGGCAAUUUUGACGGAUGGGGCAAAAUCUAUCGUGCUAAUGGAUUUGGCGGAUUAUAUACUGGAUGGGUACCAACUUUCAUUGGUUAUUCCUUCCAGGGAGCAGCAAAAUACGGAUUUUAUGAGAUUUUUAAGAAAACUUAUUCGGAUUUAGCUGGUGAAGAAAAUGCUCAUAAAUAUCGUACGGGUCUUUACUUGGCGGCAAGUGCUAGUGCUGAAAUACUUGCCGAUAUUGCUUUAUGUCCGUGGGAAGCAUUAAAAGUAAGAAUGCAAACAUCUACUGAACCAUUUGCUAAAAGUACGGUGGAAGGAUUCAAUAAAAUUCUAAAGAACGAAAGCAUAAGUGGAUUUUACAAAGGACUUACUCCACUUUGGGCUAGACAAGUUCCUUACACUAUGAUGAAGUUCGCUAGUUUUGAAAAAACAGUUGGUACAUAUCAAUAUAUUUAUAAAAAUCUUGGAAAACCCAAAGAAAGUUAUAAUAAAAUUGAACAAUUGGGAGUUUCUUUCUUGGGUGGAUACAUCGCUGGUGUAUUCUGCGCUAUUGUUAGUCAUCCCGCAGAUACUUUAGUUUCCAAGCUUAAUAACGUUAAAAAAGCCGAAGGGGAAUCAACUCUUGCACUCUCAAGUAAAAUCGUAAAAGAACUUGGAUUCACGGGAAUUUGGCGAGGACUUGGUACUCGUGUUAUUAUGAUUGGUACAUUAACUGCUUUACAAUGGCUCAUUUAUGAUUAUGUUAAAUAUGAUUCAUCACCUUUUUUGGAACAAGAUUUAUAUAAAAUUAUAGAUCAAUAA